CGCAUCUCGCGCGCGAUCACGCGCCUCCACGACUCGAUCUUGGCCAACUUUGACAACAUCGCCGAGGACAACCGCGAGCUCCUCGACUCGCUCAUCGCCGAGCACUUGCCGGCCAAGCUCCGCGCCGUGGCCCUCGACCGCGUCAACGCCCAGGUGCCGCUUGCGUACAUCAAGUGCAUUGUCGCGGCGGGCCUCGCCAGUAAGAUUGUGUACCGCGAGGGCCUCCAGUACGUCGAGACGCUUCCGGAGAGCAACCUCGCCAACAUUGCCGUCUCGUACCUCAAGCAGGAGAAGAAGGUGCAGGCGCUCGUCGGCGAGCUUGGUGCGUCCAACCUCGCCCACCGCGAAGAGAUGGCCGACCUCCUUAUCCGCGGCGGUGUCCGUGCCGGUGUCACCACCUUGUAA